AUGUCUGCUGAUUCUAAUGAUCGUAUUGUGACUGCUGCUCGUUGGCUUUACAGAGAAACCUAUGAGUUCGAUGAUAUGGUUUAUAAAAGUGGAAGCAAUAGAGACUACAUGAUAGCUUUAAUGGAAGUUGCUGGUGCGGAUGGAAUUUUGAGUGAAGCUGAGCGUCAGUGGAUAGUAGGAUUUGGUGCCGCUCUAGACGAACUUCAGACAUAUCAACCAAAAGGUAUGGAUGAGUUACUCAAAGUUUUCCACGUUGAAAGUGGUCACCCGUUUGCAAAGCACAGUGUAUUGGCCUUAAUUUAUGAUGGGUUUCGAGGAGCUGGUGCUGAUCAAGAGCUUCAUUCAAAGGAAGUGGAAGCUAUAUAUGCCCUUGGAAAGACACUCGGUGUUACAGAAGAACAAAUAAAACAAUUGCAUAAAGUAUACAUGGAAGAAGUUCAGCUUCGCCGCAAGCGACUCGACAUCAUUUUUCCACGUGGUACCAAAAAUGCUCCAGCUGAAAUCGACAGCGUAUAUUGA